AUGAGAAUAAAUUGUAAUGUUUCAAAAAUAAAAAGGAUACCUAAUUUUCCAGAAGAAAAUAUGUUAAACAAUUUUAGAUGUAAUAACAUAAAAAAAUCGAAUCAAAAAAAUAAAAAUCUUCAAUUAUAUGAUAUAUCCAAUGAUUAUUCCUAUUUAUAUACAAGCUUUAACAGAAAUGAAACAAAACAUGUCCCAUUUUCUACUAGCUCAUUAGGAGAAAAAAAACAAAGUAAGAAGAAAUUAUUAAAUCAAAGAAAAAAAAAAAAUAAAUAUUAUGAGAAAAAAAUUCCACAAUAUUUUAAAAUGAAUAAUAUUAAAAGAAAAAAUAUAGAUUCAAAAUAUAGGAAUUCGUAUCCAAGCCAAUUGUGUAAUGUUGUAGAACCAUUAUAUCGAAAAAUUGAUUCUAAUACAUUAAAUAAAUCAUAUAUAAAAUGUCACAUAAAUAAUAAAACUAAUGACAGUUGUGAAAGUAUAAUAGAAAGCGUACCAAUAAGAUUGGGUAAUUGCCCAAUUUUUUGUGGGUCUACAAAUAUAAAAGAAAAAUUUAAGGGAAGCAAAUUAAAAGGAAAGAGAAUGAUUAGUUGUAUAGGGAAAGAGGAAACAGAAAAAGACAAGGUGGAUAGAAUCUAUAAAAAUAAUAAGCAUGAAGACGUAAAAAAAAAUUUGAACAAAUUAAGAAAUAAAAGUUAUUCAUUUAUAAUAAAAAAUAAAAAUAUUGAUGAAAAUUUUAAUUAUUUGAUAAAUACUAAAAUAACAAAGGAAGAAACUAAAGGGGUUAGUAAUUCAAAAAAAGCAGAAGGUAAUAUUGUACUUAAAGGGGAUGUAUACAAAAUAGCGGAUAAUCAUAGACUUGAAGAAAAUAUAAAGAACAAAAAUAAAAUCUAUGAAGAAAUAAGAAAAAAUAAUAAGCAGAUUAAAAAAAGAAAAGAAAAAUAUCCGAUAGUAGAUAGUACAAAAUCUUACAUAAGAAGUGGAAACAAAAUUUCGAUAAAUAAUAAAAAAAAUAAUGAAGCCAGUUUUUCUUCCUUUUCUUCUGUAUGUUCAGAUGAAAUUUCAUCUUAUGAUGUUUCGAUUUUUGGGGAGUUGGAUGUAAAUUAUGAUUUAGACAGUAAUAAUUCAGAUACAUUGAUGCGUGAAAAUUCAAAAAAUAUAGCUAGUAAAAAUUAUAGAUGUUGUAAAGGUAAUACUAAUUGGUCUACUACAAAAAAUAAAGAUAUAGAAUUAGGGAUAGUAGAAAGAAAUAAAAGAAAAGAAAAAUGCAAAAAUCGGGAGAGUUCAAUUAAAGAAAGUAGAAAAAUAAAUGAUUCCCUGAAGAAUGAGGACAAAAUAAACAAUUUUAACAAUGCCCGGAAUAGUAAGAAAUAUGCCGAUUUAGAAAAGAUAAGGUAUUAUGAAAUUAAAAAAAACAAUUUUAUCCAAAAUUCGAAAAAAUAUGGCUCAAAAAGAUUUGAACCUACACAGCGGGAAAGUCACACAAGAGCUAAUAGAGACAAUAGAAAUAGCGGAAGUAGUAAAGGAAGUGUCAGACGUAGAAGAUGUAUAGAACGAACACGCGAUAGAAAUUUUAAUAAAAUAUCUGAAAUGAAUUAUAAAAAGGGAUAUAAACAAAAAAAAGAAAUGAAUUAUGGGGAAGAAGAAGAUGAAAGAAGAAAGAAAAUGGAGAUAUACUUGAAAAGAAAAAUCGAUUUAGAAAAAAAAAGAGAUAAAAUGGAUAAAUAUAAAACUAUAUAUGGUGUUCCAAAAUUGAAAAGAACAGAAAGUAUUAAUGAACACAAAAAUAUAGAAGCAUACAAAAAGGUAAAUGAAAUAAAAACUGAUAAAAUGAGACGAAACUCAGAUAUAAGAAUUGCCAACGAAAUAAGAAAUAGGGGAAAAGUAUCAAUUUCUAGUAGCAGUGGUCCCAAUAAAAUAAUAUCAGCAGAAAAAUCAUAUGACAAUGAAGAUUACGAUGAGAAAAAAAAAGACAAAUUUUAUGAAAUAUAUUUUGGCUGUAAACAGGUAGACAAAAUAAAUUAUAAAAAAGGUAUCGAAAAUGCGAAAAAAAAAAUAUAUAAUAUUAAAAUAAUAAAUGAUAAUAGUAAAUAUAUAAGAGAAAUGGAAGAAGAUGCACUACUAAAAAAUAUAGAUAUACAGGAAACUGAAAUCGAAGAAGAUUUACACAGUACUAAAUAUAGUUCAGAUAUGAUUACACCAAACGAUAAAAAUGGAAAUGGAAAAAAAUGGUUUUCAAAAUAUGAUAUGAAUUAUGAACAGCGUUGUUUGUACUCCUCCGAUGAAAAAGAUAAAAAUAAAUUGAGUAAAAGUUAUGUAAAAAAUGGAACUAUUAGCCACUUCAAUGAAUAUGACAAAGGAAUGAAAAAAAAAAAAAUUGAAAUAGUACAAAGUGAUAGUGACAAUUUUAAAAUUGAGAAUAAAAUAAAAUUACCAAUAAACUUACUAAACAGUCAAAAUGAGAAAAACAAAAAAUGUAAAACAUUUUCAUAUGCUCCCCCAAAGGUAAUUAAUUCAGUUGGAAAAAUUAUGUCUGAAAAUAAAAAACCGAAUUGGAAAGACAGCAGGAAUAUAAAAAAUUUAAGUAAAGCAAAAUCUUCAAAUUUAUAUGAAAUUAUUUUAAAAAAAAAGAAUCAAGAAAAUAAAAAUUGUAUGAUCGAUUCUACAAUUAGUUCUUUUCCUAGUACUUACUGUCACAUUGAGGAAAAGGGUCGUAAUAAUUAUGCAUAUUUUUGUAAAUCCUAUGAAACUGAAGAUAAUAAUUAUUAUCCAGAUGCUAAUACUGUGAAUAAAAACCGACAUAUUUUUUCUAACAUUAAUAAUAGUUUUAAAGCGAAAGAAGAUGAAAAAAGUAAAAAUAAAACCAAAUCAAAUAAAAAGGGGAUCAAAAACGAGAAUAAAAAAAACAGCCAAAAUUUAAAGAACAAUAAAACAUGGCAUACAAUUCCGAUAGAAGAAAAAUUGUUUCUGAACAAAUCAGCACAAAAUAGUGGUGGUGAAAUAUAUUCUCUUAACUGCCAAAAUACCGUGUUUACUUUCCCUCGUGAAUAUUUAGAUAGUAGUGAAAAUUUAAAAACAUUCAAAAAAUCGAGGAGCAUUUGUUCAGGCAUAUGCAUAGACAACAGUAAAAAUAAUGAGAAUGAGAUUCAUCGAAAUAAUAGUGACAAUAGUAUGAUUUAUAUAAAAAAACAAAAUCGUCAUAAAAAUGAUUCUGCUUUUAAGCUUCGAGCUCACUCAAUUAAUAAUAAAAUGAAAGAAAAAACAAAUGACAAAAAAAUAAAUGAAUUAUAUUUUUAUAAAAUGGGUGAAAAUAAAAAUUUUAGGCACACUUCAAAUUGUUUUUUAUCAAGAUGUAGUCCAAAAUGGAAUAAAAAAAUAAACUCAGAAAAUGUCAACUGUUAUAGUUGUAUGUUAAAAGAUAGUAACAAAAUUAGACAUCAAAAUAAUGAGUGGAAUAAAUUUAAUUUUUGUUCUGAAGUUCCGAAUGAAAUGCAAAAAAUUAAUAACAUAAAAAUUAGAUGCAUAUCUAAAAAUGAAACAUAUAAAAAUGGUUUAUGUAAAAAUUGUUUGUUUUCACCAUGCAAUAAUUUAGUAAAAACAAAUAGUAAAAAUGAUAGAACUAAAAGUUUAUUUUCAAAAUUAUUUUCAUACAUAAAAAAAAAUAGUCUAUGUAAUGAAAAGAAAUACAAGGAUUCUAUAAAACGGAACAAAUCAGAAGCAUUCCCAUUUUGUACGGCGAAAAAAAAUAUUAAGACACCUCAUUAUAUUUGUAAUAAUAGAUCCAGAUCUUCUGGGUAUUAUAUUGAUGUUUACCCAAUAAAAACAGAAGCUAGAAACAAUUCCGAUGUUUGCUGCUGCAACAAAUUUAUGAUUAAUAAAAAAUCAGAUUUUAUUCAUGUUCCUUCAGAUGUAAAGUAUAUUAUUGAUGCGCCAGAUGGUUUCGUAAAAAACAAACUCAAUAAUAAACUAUUUAGUGAUAAAAUACUUGAGAAUAAAAUUAAAAAAAGUACUUUAGGCUUAAAUGCUAAAGAAAAAGAUAACUACUAUACCACAAAAGUGGCUACUAAUUUAAGAAGGGGAAUAAAAUGUGAUAAUGUCUUUACAAAAAAUGAAGAAAUAAAUGAUGGAUAUAUGAAAAGGACAUUAUCAAAAGGGGGAGAAAAACGAAAGGUAAAAGGAGUUGUAAAAAAGGGAGUAAUGAAAAGUAAUUGCAAAUAUGUUUUAAAAAUAAAUGAUCAUAAUCGAAAUAAUAAUAAUACACUAUAUUGCAAUGAUACUACAAUCAAUUGUAAAACCAGAAUUUUGAAAAAUAGCAAUGAACAUAUAAAUAAAACUAUAUUAGAAAAUGAAAUUGAUAUCCCUAAAAUUGAAAAACCAAACUUUUUAAAAUUAAAUUUAUUUGAUGAGAAAUACGAAAUUGUAAAACAAACCCCCCAAAAAAUGAACAUUAAUAAUGAUCUUGCUAAAAAUCGAGGAGCAAAACGUCCUUCAAAAUAUGCGUCUAAAUUGACCAAAUUGCAAACAAUGAAAGAAGAAGGAAAUAAAUUAAAAAAAAAUUUUAAUAAUAUUAAUUGUGAAUAUUCUAAUUUAGGUAGGAAUAGACAUGCAAAAAGUUCAAUAAAUCAAAUCACCAAAGAAAUAGAUAGAGAUAUUUUUAUCGAUACCAACGACAGUUACAUUAUUAAUGAUCAGAUAGUAGGAAAUAUAGGAACGGCUUGUAAUAAACCAGGAAAAAAUAAUAAUAAUGAACAAAUAGAGAAUAGUUAUGGGACUACCAAUACAUUUGAUGAAAGUACGCAAUUGAAUAAUCCAAAUAAAGAUUAUAAAAUUUUUAUGGUAAGAAAAGGAGAUAGUAAUAAAAAUGUCAUAGAAAAAAAUAUUUUUUCAAAUGGUGUGAUAGAAAAUAAGUUGCCUUUAACUAAUAGUGAAAAUAGAAGAGGUACAAAGUAUGUAGAAAAUAAUGAACAUAAUUUUUGUAAGUAUAAAAAUGGUGAUUACAAAAAUAAUAAUUCGUUUGACAGUAUGGAAGGAAAAACUAUUGAUAAUUAUUCUUCGUGCUCAAAUGAAAACAUAUAUUUAUGGGAAAAUAAUAAUAAUAUUAAAAAAAAUGAAAUAGAGAAUUAUGAAGAUGGAAUGAUUAACUAUUCCAAAGAGGAGAGAAAUAAUAUUGACGAAAUUGAAAGUGACGUAAAAAUGAACAACCCAAUUAAAGAGUGCUUGAAUGCACCAUUGAACUGUUUGAAUAAAAAAUUAAACCGUUCAGCGGAAAAUAUAAUUAAGAAAAUAAUAUUAAAUUACAAAAAUGUUAAUUUGAAAAAUGUGAAUAAUGACAAAUUAAACAAUCAUGAAACAAAAGUUAGUACGAAUAAAUGCAUUAAUAAAAAAAAUAUUCAAAAAAAUAUAAAGAAUAAAUUAUAUUUAAAAGCUAACAAAAAUGUAAACAAUGAAAAAACUGACAACAUUGUCAAUGAUAUGCCAAAUAUAAGACACACACAAAAUUCCGAUAGUAAUUUUGUCUUAAAAAAUAAUAAUAUAAAUUCUCAAAGAAAUAUUGACAUAAAAGCUGAUAUGGACAAUUAUAAAUAUGAACAGUUCAGAAAAAAAAAUUAUAAUAUCAUAAAUAAUAGAUCAUGUUCAUAUAAUGAUUGUAUUUAUCCUGACCCUAAAAUAUAUUUUUUAAAUAAUGAUGAAUCGUGCAUAAUUAUUGAAUAUCCAAAUAUAAAAUAUUAUAUAGUAUGCCCAUAA